UGACGUCAUCACUCUGCGCCGCGCCAUGGCGCUAGGCCCCGCUGGGCCGGCUCGGCUGGUGCGCUGCGGGCAGAAGGACGAGCUGUACCGGAGCGGGCUGCGCAGCGGGGCCGGCACCGCGCUGCACGGGAUCGCGGGGGCUAAGAAGUGGCUGGAGUGGAGGAGGGAGAUCGAGCUGCUCUCCGACGUCGCCUACUUCGCCCUCAGCACCCUGUCAGGCUAUCAGACUCUGGGUGAAGAAUAUGUCAACAUCAUUCAAGUUGACUCAACCAAGAAAAGGGUGCCUUCUUUUCUUCGGCGGGCCAUCUUCGUUUCUCUUCAUACUGUAGUACCCUAUUACUUAGAAAAGGGAUUGCAGCACCUGGAACAUGAAUUGCAGAUAGAAGAUGAUGGGGCUAGAACCUUGCAAAGCAACCCAGCACUUGGCUUGUCCAGUAGGACCUUAAUACGAAACUGGAUUCAGAAACAAGUCAGGGAGCUUACAGAAAAACAGAAGAAAACAAUCCUGCAAGUUGUGUACAUUCUUAAGCAAUCCAUUCCUUUGCUUCAUCGACUACAUCUGGCAGUGUUCUACAUACAUGGCACUUUUUAUCACCUAUCUAAAAGAAUUGCAGGAAUCAGAUAUCUGCACUUUGGAGGAGUACAAGGAGAAGAUCAGAGCAUUCGAUCAAGUUACAAGUUCCUAGGAAUAAUUUCACUCUUCCAUCUUCUUCUGACAAUUGGUGUCCAGAUAUACAGCUUCCAACAAAAGCAGAGAGCAAGGCAGGAAUGGAAACUGCACCGCAAUCUAGCUCUCCAGAAAAAUACGAUAAAGGAAAAAACUACUGGGCGCCAGUCCCGCUGCACUUUGUGUUUGGAGGAACGGAGACAUGCAACAGCCACACCUUGUGGGCACCUGUUCUGCUGGGAAUGCAUCACCGAGUGGUGUAAUACCAGAACAGAAUGUCCACUGUGCAGAGAGAAGUUUCAUCCUCAGAAGCUGAUCUACCUACGCCACUAUCAACUGUGAGGAAAAAUCCAUUACAAGGGCCUCUGCUCUCUUACCUUCAUACAGAGUGGUCAUACAGUUCAGGUUAGUCCAAGAAUGAGACUUUAUUGUAAAACUGGUAACUGCCUGCACAAGGUGGCACUUCAUUCCUGUUGUACAAAAUAAAUCUAUUUCUGCCUCUU